UUCGCUGGCCUGUCCCUUGUGCUGUGCCUCCAGGUUGGGCUGGCAGUUCAAGGCGGCAUGGAAGGGCCCCAGAGCUCCACCCAUGUCCCCUCGGUGCUGCCGCUGCUUCUCCUGUUGCUGCUGGGUCCAGCCUCGUAUGCAGUUGCCCAGCGAUGCCCACAGACUUGUAUCUGUGACAACUCCAGGAGGCACGUUGCCUGCCGGCACCAAAACCUCACUGAGGUGCCAAACACUAUCCCUGAGCUGACCCAGGAGCUGGACCUCCAGGGCAACAUGCUGAAGGUGAUCCCUCCAGAAGCCUUCCAAGACCUGCCCUACCUCACGCACCUGGACCUGCGGCACUGUCGCGUGGAGCUGGUGGCUGAGGGCGCCUUCCGAGGGCUGGGCCGCCUGCUCCUCCUUAACCUGGCCUCGAACCGCCUGAGCACGCUGCCCCAGGAGGCACUGGACGGGUUGCGCUCGCUCAGGCGGCUGGAGCUGGAGGGGAAUAUGCUGGAGGAGCUGCGGCCGGGGACCUUCGGGGCCCUGGGCGCUCUGGUCACACUGAACCUGGCCCACAACGCCCUGGUCUACCUGCCGGCCAUGGCCUUCCAGGGGCUGCUGCGCACUCGCUGGCUGCGGCUGUCGCACAACGCGCUCAGCGUGCUGGCCCCCGAGGCCCUGGCCGGCCUGCCCGCGCUGCGCCGCCUCAGCCUGCAGCACAACGAGCUGCAGGCCCUGCCCGGCGCCGCCCUGUCGCAGGCGCGCGGCCUGGCUCGGCUGGAGCUGGGCCACAACCCGCUCACCUACGCGGGCGAGGAGGACGGGCUGGCGCUGCCCGGCCUGCGGGAGCUGACCCUGGAGCAUGGGGCCUUGCAGGCUCUGGGUCCUCGGGCCUUCGCGCACUGCCCACGCCUGCACACCCUGGACCUCCGAGGGAACCAGCUGGACACCUUGCCCCCGCUGCAGGGCCCCGGCCAGCUGCGCCGGCUGCGGCUGCAGGGCAACCCGCUGUGGUGCGCGUGCCGGGCGCGCCCGCUGCUGGAGUGGCUGGCGCGCGCGCGCGUGCGCUCGGAUGGCGCGUGCCGGGGGCCGCGGAGGCUGCGGGGAGAGGCCCUGGACGCCCUGCGGCCCGCGGACCUGCGCUGCCCGGGACACGCGGCCGAGGCGGAGGAAGAAGAGCAGGAGAGAGCGCGGGCCGGACCCCGCGGCCCUCCGCGCCCCGGGAACGGCGAGGACGCGGCGGCCGCGCCCUGCCCCCACGCGUGCGCGUGCGUCUCCGAGACGCGGCACAGCAGCUGCGAGGGGCGCGGCCUCCAGGCAGUGCCCCGGGGCUUCCCCAACGACACUCAGCUCCUGGACCUGCGCCGCAACCUCUUCCCCUCGGUGCCUCGAGCGGCUUUCCCGGGCCUGGGCCACCUGGUGUCGCUGCACCUGCAACACUGCGGCAUCGCGGAGCUGGAGCCCGGCGCCUUGGCCGGCCUGGACCGCCUGAUCUACCUCUACCUCUCUGACAACCAGCUUUCGGGCCUCAGUGCGGCUGCCCUCGAAGGGGCCCCCCGCCUUGGCUACCUGUACCUGGAGCACAACCGCUUCCCGCAGGUCCCAGGGGCUGCCCUGCGUGCCCUCCCCAGCCUCUUCUCCCUGCAUCUGCAGGACAAUGCUGUGGACCACCUGGCACCGGGGGCUCUGGCGGGGGCGCGGGCCUUGCGCUUUCUCUAUCUGAGUGGAAACCGCCUUACCCAGGUCUCGCCCGGGGCACUGGGCCCGGCUAGGGAGCUGGAGAAGUUGUAUCUUGACCAAAACCAGCUGCGAGAGGUGCCCACCCAGGCCUUGGAAGGGCUGCCUGCCCUCCUGGAGCUGCAGCUUUCAGGGAACCCGCUCAGGGCCCUGCAAGAUGGGGCCUUCCAGCCUGUGGGGCGGUCCCUGCAGCACCUCUUCCUGAACAGCAGUGGCCUGGAGCAGAUUUCUCCCAGGGCCUUCUCAGGCCUGGGGCCGGGGCUCCAGAGCCUGCACCUUCAGAAGAACCAACUUCAGGCCCUGCCUGCUCUGCCCAGUCUCAGUCAGCUUGAGCUCAUCGACCUCAGCGGCAAUCCCUUCCACUGUGACUGCCAGCUGCUUCCUCUGCACAGGUGGCUCACUGGGCUGAACCUGCGGGUAGGAGCGACCUGUGCCACCCCUCCGAGCGCUCGUGGCCAGAGGGUGAAGGCUGCAGCUGCUGUCUUUGAACCCUGUCCAGGCUGGACUGCCAGGAAGGCCAAGCAGACACCAGCCUCCAGGCCCAGUGCCAGAAGAAACCCCAUCAAGAGAAGACAUCAAGGAGCAGACAAGUAAACCUGUCGCCCACUCCAAACCAACCGGGAGGAACAUUGUUCAGCAUUUCCUGCCAGGAGGGGUUCCGAAAAGCCCUGGCCUUUAUGCCAUUGGCUAUGAAGAAUGUAUUGAGAGGCCCCUCUCACCCCACAUGGAACGACGUUCCUUGGACCCUGGCAAAGAGGGCCAGGCUGACCUGGAAACCCUUUCAGCACAAGCCUCAUUACAGGUGGAAAUGGAACCCAUCCGAAUUACCUACUACUACCUCGGCAUUGCUGAGGUCAGGAUUCUACAGCAAUGCUUGUUUUUACAUUUCCAAGCAAAUACCAAAACCUUUAAUAAAGAUUGGGUUGGUAUCAA